AUGCCUCCCAGACGAAAUGCGCAGUCCGUCUCGGCGGAGAUAUCCCUAUCUCACCUCAAGAGCUGCUUGGUCAACCUUCCUACAUCACUGGUCUCCCUCCUAGUCAAUGUCAAUACUCCUGCACAAAAUGUCAUCAUCGAGCUCAGCUAUCGUGAGGCCUCGCCGACAGGAGCCGGCUCCCAGCAGCGCUCAAUAUUCGUAGGAUGGACAGGUAUGCCCAGCAAGAGGAGGACCGCUCCUCCUGGGGCCCGCGAUGGACCCAAUGGCUCGCGGUCAUCCCGCGAUCAGGAGGUUCAGCUUGUCGAACUCGAUGCCACACUAGCCAAGUCACUAGGUAUAUCAGAAGGGCAGAAGAUCACGGCCACCAUUCAUCUUGAUCCUCCGCUGGCGCAUACGAUCAACAUUGAACCCCUUACACCGGAGGACUGGGAGAUCAUUGAGCUACAUGCGACAUUUCUUGAACUGAACCUCAUCUCUCAAAUUCGAGCGCUCCCGAACCCGCUAUACAAAAUUGGCGACAACCCCGUCGAGCCCCAUGCGUUGACACUGCAUCUAUCUCCGACAUCGACUGCAAGUAUUAAAGUCAUUUCGCUGGACCCUUCACCCCCGGCCGACGUGCCAUUCGCAAAGAUAUCUCCCGAUGCCGAGGUCAUCGUUGCACCAAAGACGAGGCAAAAGAGCUCGCACAGCUCAGGCGACCACCGCAGCGUAGCCAGCACUUCCAAGUCCAAACGAAGCGCGACCAGUACGGUGCGCCGGCGAAGCGCCAAGGAAGAGCGGAGGCCUACUAUGUUUCUGCGUGGUCUUGACCGAAGCUCAUGUGAAGAAUGGUUUGAUGAAGGACCCCUGGUUCAGGACAUGAGUGUUUGGGUUGAUCACGACCUUCUCUCCGGCGAAGCCUUCAAAGGGGUCAACUAUGUCGCGGUCGAUGUUAUUAGACCAGCUGGUCUGCAACAGCCCCAACCAGAAGAAGGUGGCGUUCCUGCUGGGACGACUGCGGCCACAAAAGUCAUUGCUCAUCUCAGAUCAUGGAUUGAUCCUCCCAACAGUCAAUCAGUUGCUCUUUCGUCGUCCCUUUGUGCAAGUCUUGGGUGUUCUGGCAUGGUUGGCGGGAUAGUCAAGCUUCAAGCAGCUCCACAGCAACUCCCCAAAACUGCGGUUCAGAGCAUCAAGGUUUUUCCUUUCGCCACAAAUGCAAAGACGGUCGAAGGCCUCCGGUUUGGUGGAGAAUCCAAGGCUGAGAAGGAAGAGUCUGCGAAGCGGUUCCGACAAAUCUAUGCCGCUACUAGAGGUACUGACGGGCUUCUUCAAGGGCCUCUGACAGACGGCUCCAUUAUUAGCUUAUACGGCGGUCUUGAUCCUCCUCAGGGGUGGGAAGGCGGCAUCAUUAAAUUUGCCUUUGGUGGUGAUUUUCAGGAGAACAAAGACGCUGCGAAUUGGCUUCUUGGACUCGAUACUAAACUCCCGAUUGACUUUCAGCCACCAACCCCUCGGCCAUCAUGGCUGACCGAAACGGAUGGGUUUGAGCGUCAACCAACCCACGAUUCUCUCCUUGUUGGAAUCGACUCCUUGCUGGAUAGUUUACAGUCUAAUCUUGUCCACCUUUCUUCGGUCCUUCUCACUGGUGGCAUGGGAUCCGGAAAAUCUUCAAUUGCUCGACACUUGGCACAAAAACUUCGACAAGAUUCAUUAUUCCAUACAUUAUACUACCCUUGUCGGAAACUAGUCAAUGACGAGACACGGAUCUCAACCAUAAAGGAAACUUUGAACCGCUUGUUCGCCACUGCCAGCUGGGGUGCACGCUUGAACGGAAAAGCUGUGGUAGUUCUUGAUGACCUGGACAAGCUUUGUCCUGUAGAAACCGAACUUCAGGUUGGCAAUGACAAUGGAAGGAGCAGGCAAGUCGGUGAGAUCCUGUGCUCGAUCGUCAGGCAAUACUGUACCCGUGACAGCGGUGUUGUUCUCCUGGCCACAGCUGAGGGCAAGGAGUCGAUCAAUGGUGUUGUAGUCAGUGGCCAUGUCGUGCGCGAGAUCGUCGAACUCAAGGCGCCCGAUAAGGAAUCGAGACGCCGAGUGAUGGAAUCUAUCGUUAUGCAGGAUGCCAUAACGGCUGACGAAGCUCAGACACAGUUCAGCGAUGAAAGCCGACCACAAACUGCCGACGGCAGCAUGACGGAGGACAGUGGUGCUUGGAUGGAUGGCGCUAGUCAUGCAAGCAAGGAGAGUCAUCCGACAAAGACGAGCGGCUUCAUCUUGGACCCAGAUCUUGACUUCCUUGACAUUUCUGGGUCUACAGACGGCUACAUGCCCGGCGACAUCAAUGUCCUUGUGUCUCGUGCGAGGAACGAGGCUAUCAUUCGUGCCAUCGCUGAGUCGCCAGACUCGACAGGCGCCAUUCACUUGGCAAGGGCUGAUUUUGACAAGGCUCUCAAGGGGUUCACGCCAGCCUCAUUGAGGAAUGUGUCGCUGCAGAGUUCGUCAACAAGCUUCAAGUCGAUUGGAGGACUGCAAGAGACACGACAAGUGCUCUUGGAGACGCUACAAUACCCAACUAAAUAUGCGCCAAUCUUUGCGCAGUGUCCGCUACGCCUUCGAUCCGGCCUUCUUCUUUACGGAUAUCCUGGUUGCGGUAAGACACUUCUUGCCAGCGCUGUUGCCGGCGAGUGUGGCCUCAAUUUCAUCAGUGUCAAGGGCCCUGAAAUUCUGAACAAGUAUAUCGGUGCCUCUGAGAAGAGUGUUCGAGAUCUGUUUGAUAGGGCCCAGGCGGCGAAGCCAUGUGUACUCUUCUUCGAUGAGUUUGACUCCAUUGCACCCAAGAGAGGACACGACUCUACGGGUGUUACGGACCGUGUGGUCAACCAGCUUCUUACACAGAUGGAUGGUGCCGAAGGGCUGUCCGGUGUCUACGUGCUGGCAGCUACUUCACGACCUGACCUGAUCGAUCCUGCUCUUCUUCGUCCCGGCCGUCUGGACAAGUCUUUGUUGUGCGAUAUGCCUUCUCUGGACGAUCGUGUUGACAUUAUCAAGGCGCUGUUUCAAAAAGUCAGACUCUCGGAUGAGUUGACCGAAUCCGAUGGGCCACUGACGGACAUUGCUCGCCGUACUGAGGGCUUCUCGGGUGCUGACCUUCAGGCUCUUGUUUCCAAUGCUCAGCUCGAGGCUAUUCACGAUGUUUUGGAUGUUGAUGGACCUACAGUUACUUCUAAACGACCCAACGGAACCAAUGGAAAGUCGAAUACCACACCUAGCUUCGUCCAGUUCCGUUAUGGUAAAGACGCCAAACCUCUGACUGAGGCGACGCCAAAAAGCAAGUCUGCUGCUCUGGUGGAGAACGCAUCUAUUUUGGCAAAGCUUGAAGAGAUCAAGAUAGCUCGUAAGAAGUUGAAGCAAAUCCAUGGGGCUCCCGCCGCCAACACAGACGCCAAGGCGCAAAGCAGCGAUCAGAGGGAAGUGGUGAUUGAAUGGGACCACCUCAUAAAGGCUCUGGAUAACACACGGGCGAGUAUCAGUUCUGAGGAGAAGGCCAGAUUGCAGAGGAUAUAUACCGAGUUUGUUGUGGGUAGAAGUGGCCAAAUGAAGGAUGGGCAGGGAAGCAUGGAGAUUGGAGGCCGAAGCAGCUUGAUGUGA